UAUUUGUAUUAGUUUCUAUUUUCCGUUGUUCUAGCCUGCGUCUCUUUAUUUGGUGAUACCUUGUACCCACUUUAAUCUCCCAUGAGAAACCCGUGAUGGUUUUUUUUUGUAUUUUUCUUAAAAAACGAAAAAGAUUCGGAGAAGGGAUAUUUUUGGAUGGAAGCUAGUGAAAACUCGCGCUGUUGGUGUUUCCAUAUUGCGAUUGCUGGUGUUUUGGGAUCUGGGUUUUUGUCAUCAAAGUUUCUCUAAUUGAGAAAUCCACCAAUUUUUCAGGGGUUUUGGAUUUAUUGUUGUAAUUUUGAGUUUCAGUUGGCAGUUCGAAAUGGAGGAAGAGAGCAGUUCUUGGGUGAGAAGGACAAAGUAUUCGCAUACAAUGUUUCUGAGAUCGCGUUCUACAAGAGAAACAUGCAGUCCUUCCUCCCCUCAAUCACCUCGUAGUUCUGAGUUGAAGCUAAAGAGUCUGAGCUUGGAAUCAAAGCCGAGAAAGUUCGAUUUAGAUAGGCUCCCAGUUUCACUGCCCAGACAACCCAAUCAAGAAUUGAGAUCAUCGAAAAUUGAUGUACCAAGUGCAGAGGCUUUGGGUUCUCAAAAGGCGAAGACUUUAAGUUCAGAGUUGAAACUAAGGAGCUCAAGUUUAGAAUCUCUUUCCAAGAAAAAUUCACAGUUUACACAGUCUGAUCGAAAUCCGGGAUCCAAGGCGAAGGAAUUAAAUGUAGGUUAUUCCAGUUCAUGCAGUGAUUUGGGAAUGAAGCCAAAGAUGAAGCCCCCGAGCUUAGACACUUCUGCUUUCUCUUUUCAUCCUGGUGGAGGUUCAAGAAUGAGCUCUAAUAUGUGUCAAACUCCUUCUUUGAGGGGAAAAUUGGAUAUGGAGUCAAACCAAUCUAGUAAUUUCUCUUUUCAUGCUAAUAAAAGUUGGGCGGAUUCUGCCAUUGUUCCAACACCUUCUUUAAGGACGCAAUCGGAUUUGAAUUCUCAUAAAUUUAGUGGUACAUCGUCUUCCAAUACUGAUGGAAGUUCAAAAUUAAGUUCAAAGUGGUCGGAUUCUAGCAUGGUCCCCAAUCCUUAUUUAAGGGGUAAAUCGGGUCCAGACCCUCAUAAAUCCAGUAUGCAUAGCGAUAGAAAUGGGAGGAAUUCUAAACCCAAGAGGUCUUUGUCCCCUCUUCCUACUACUAUACUUUCCGAUGUUUUUAAAGAAGCUAAGUCCAUAGGCAAGAGAUUUUCCACCCCUCCUCCUAGUAGAAAUGGAAGUUCUCGUGUGCCUGCUUCAAGAUCGAUUUCAGAACUGAGCCCUAUGAAGCAUUUGUCUUUAUUGAAAGCUACUGAUAAGUCGAAGAUGAAGAAAGACAAUUCAUGGUCUAGGUACUUUGAUCAUGGUGGAGGGAGAGUUACUGCUUUGGAGACCACUGAUGAAUGGAUGGUUGAUCUUUCGAAAUUGUAUAUAGGGCUUAGAUUUGCAUCUGGAGCUCAUAGCAAGUUAUAUCAUGGUAUGUAUAAGGAUCGACCUGUUGCAGUGAAAAUUAUUCGGCAACCUGAUGAUGAUGAAAAUGGAGUAAUGGCGGCUCGGUUGGAGAAGCAGUUUUAUAGAGAAGUCACAUUUCUGUCCCAUCUUUAUCACAACAACGUUAUCAAGCUAGCAGGAGCAUGCAAAAAUCCACCAGUUUUCUGCAUCAUAACCGAUUAUCUUUCUGGCGGUUCCUUAAGAGCAUUUCUACACAAACUUGAGCAUAAGUCGCUACCUUUAGAGAAACUGAUUGCUAUUUCUCUACAAAUUGCUCGAGGAAUGGAAUACAUUCAUUCACAAGGGAUUAUUCACCGUGAUCUGAAACCUGAAAACAUUUUAUUUGAUCAAAACUCGUGUGUGAAAAUUGCUGAUUUUGGAAUAGCUUGUGAAGAAGCAUAUUGUGAUGUAUUUACUGAGGACCCUGGGACUUACCGGUGGAUGGCCCCCGAGAUGAUUAAGCACAAACAUUAUGGACGGAAAGUUGAUGUCUAUAGUUUCGGAUUACUAUUAUGGGAGAUGGUUACAGGAACAACCCCUUAUGAGGACAUGACACCGAUCCAGGCAGCUUUUGCAGUGGUUAAUAAGGUAUUUUUGUUUAUCAUAUUAGCCAUAUGUAUCUUUUUGGAUUUUUUUUCGAUAUUAGUACCAUAAAUCUUUUAUAUUCUGAAAAUAGUUAGUCAGAUCUUUCAUAUUUUGAAAUUAGUCCCUCAAAUCAUUGAAAUUGCUAUUAGAUCCCCCAAUUUUGAAGUUAUUUUGAAAUUAGUUCAUCGAAUCAAGAGCAGAAGUAGUAGUUAAAGGGAUUAAUUUGAAAUAACUUUGAGAGCUGGGGGACGUAUUGGCAAUUUCAAUGAUUUUGGGGAACUAAUUUAAAAAUAACUUAAGAAUUGGUGGACCUAAUAGCAAUUUCAGUAGCCUAACGAGGAACCAAUUUCAAAAUAUGAAGGAGUUAAGGGACUAAUACCAGAAAACACAUUUCUUUUUUGUUCACUGUAGCCCUUGUUAUUUUGUUUGUCUCCUUGAGCUAAGCAUAUAAUAGUUUGAAUCAUCUUCAUGCUAAUGAAAAGAAGACAAGUGAUGUUGAUAAUUUAUUGAGAAUAUUUCGUUUGUCCUA